AUGGAAGGCAACGCCAGCUCACGAGACCUUGAUGGAGUCAUCGAUGACAAUGCAAGAAAUGCGCAACAAGAGGAACUUUCCAGCGUCAAUUUCUCUCGUCCGAAAGGAGGUCAGAAACCGAAGCGGCCAUCCAUGUUCGUUGCCAGCGAAUCGUUUCUGGACGACUCUCAGCAGCAUAUAUUUGAAGAAUCUUACCAUCCAGGCAAUACACCAUUCUAUAGUCCGCCGAAGCAACGUCAACGAUGGGGUGACAAACGAGUAUUACCAAGAGUCAACUGGGGCGAUCUCUACUUCGAUCUAUUUUUUGUUGCAGCAACUUAUAAUAUUUCAAACAUUCUUGUCACAGAUCCAUCAGCAAUGGGAUUUUUGUAUUUCAUGGCGACCUUUAUGGCGUCAAUGUACCUGUGGUCAGCAAAGACUUUUUUCGAUUCAACCUUUGUAGUAGAUGAUGACAUUGUUCACCGAAUGAUGGAAGUGGCCUUCUUGACAGCGAUGGGCUCUGUUAUUGUCCACAUUCGCACAGCAGAUGUUCUUUCUCACACAGCAGACUAUGUUGAUAUGUUUGCGCUGAGCCUUUCAUUGCUGAUCGCAGAUGUUAUCACCCUCCUGCGUCAAAUUGAGAUUGGUCUUACUGGCGUCGGGGAAGAAGGUAUUCUGAAAAUGGUAAGCUUUCGGAAUUCGCGGGAUGUCAUGAUUCCGUUGUCCCUGCAGCUGGUAGCUACGAUUAUUGCCGGACUAGACUAUUAUAGCACUGCUGGUGGUUCCUACGGCGAUGAUUCGCAUCGCUUGCUGGCAGGUGGAGCUGGUGGAUCGACCAAUCAUAUUCCUAUCAUCUUGACUCUUGCUGGCCCUGUCGUUUAUCAGAUUCAGUGGGCAAUUCGUGGAAUUUGCUUGUUCCCAAGCGAUGGAUCACACAAAAAACUUAUUGUCCCAAUUAAUGUUGAUUUCACCAUUCACCGCAACAUGGAGUGGACAAUGCUCAUGCUUGGCGAGUCCGUAUUCAGCCUGUUGGUGGAAGAAGUCACUGAAACACAGGAAUUUUAUAUCACUUUCUACUGUGGAUUACUUUGCGUCAUUCUCCUGGAAUAUAUUCACUUCACCUCACAACCAAUGGUUGCAGAGCGCCAUGUAAUGGUCGAUUCUAAGAAUCGCGCGAUUGUCGCUUUCUCUGUUCAGUAUCUCUAUUCUGCCUCGAUGGUUGGAUUAGGAGCUGGACUUACACUAUUCCUGAGAAGCUUUGCAAAGGCAGCUUCGAAGAAAAGGCGAUUGGUUGAAUUGGCUUUCGCGGGCCGUUUCUUGGCAGCAGGAGCCGUAUCUCUCUAUCCGGCCUACGAAAUGAAAGAAAGAUCUGCCGUUGUUUUUUGCUUAUCUUUGGGCAUCGUUCUGCUUUGUGUUGACAUAUCACAGUUCCUGCAGGUUGGCUUCCGACGCUCCUUUCGAGUGCUUGAACGAAGUAGCUUCAAUAUGCGAAUCGGUAUUAUCUUCUUUGUUGCAAUGCGGUGGGCACUCAUUUCAUUUGUAUCUACGCUUUGGAUCUGGAGCACUACACCAGAAAUUCUAGCAGAAAUUGGAAUGGGAAGUGCUUUGAUCUACAGCAUGCUUGUCCUUAUUACUCGAAAAAUGACAAAAAUGAAAGAAGCAGAUCGCCGUCACUAG